CACUCUUGUGUUUCUGCGGAGCGGGCGCGCGGACACAGCUCGAGACUCUUCAAUGAAUUGAGGCAGGCAGUCAUGAGAAAAGUAUGACUGCGAACAUGGAGUAUUGUGAAAGAAAACGGGAGGGCAGCGCUCUCUUUUUCUACGUUUAAAUUCAUCGACACCGAGUGUGAUUGACAGAAAGACCCGUUGGCUCGCGGCUACGGGAUAAUUUGCACUACAAUGGCAUCUCCCUACCAGUGAGGAACUUUGCUGUCCUGCCCCCCUUCCUCCCUCCAUCCCUGACACCUUGAAACAACUAUUUCCCAUCUCCUACUUCCUUUUAUCCUUCUCUCCUUCCUCCCAAAUUCCUCGCUGCUCCUCAAAUCCCUUUUUUGUUUCAAACAUGGACUCCUCUGGACAAGUGACCUCAGCCCCGGAUGGACACAUCGAGCCCAGCCCCAGUCGCUCUGAUCUCAGUGGACUAUACCGUCUGGGUCGCACUUUGGGCAGGGGCCACUUUGCUGUGGUCAAACUGGGUCGGCAUGUCAACACGAGGCAACUGGUUGCUGUCAAGAUGAUUGACAAGACAAAACUUGACGUUAUGGCAACAAGCCACCUCUUACAGGAAGUGAGGUGUAUGAGACUGGUGCAGCAUCCCAACGUGGUUCGCCUAUACGAUGUCAUCGACACUCCCACCACCCUCUUCCUCAUCAUGGAGCUAGCCGAGGGGGGCGACCUCUACGACUACAUCCUCCGCCACGAGGGAGGUGUAGCUGAAGGCACUGCCAAGCGCCAUUUCGCCCAGAUUGUGCGUGCGGUGGCUUACUGCCACCAGCUGCACGUGGUGCACCGGGACCUGAAGCCCGAGAAUGUGGUGUUCUUUCCCCAGCAGGGGGCGGUGAAGCUAACGGACUUUGGUUUCAGCAAUUUAUUCCAACCAGGGACAAUGUUGGCCACUAGCUGUGGGUCGCUAGCGUAUUCUGCUCCAGAGAUUCUGCUGGGAGAAGAGUAUGAUGCUCCAGCAGUUGAUAUCUGGUCUCUCGGGGUGAUCCUGUACAUGUUGGUGUGUGGAGUCCCUCCUUUCCAGGAAACCAACGACAGCGAGACUCUGGUCAUGAUUCUGGACUGCCGCUACCGCUUCCCCGAACAUGUUUCAGACGACUGCAGAGACCUUAUCUCCAGGAUGCUGCAGAAGGACCCGUCCCUGCGCGCCUCCCUGCAGGAGAUCGAGGCUCAUCACUGGCUACAGGGGCUGGAUGACGCCCUGCUGAGCCCCGAAGCCCCGCCACACUGGCUCUCAGGGGCCCUCUCUCCCGGCUCUCCCCGCUCAGGAGCACCUGAGUGUGGGGAUCUGCUUGCUGCAAGACCCCCGCCUAAACCUCAGACCUACCCUGGCCACUGGCAACCCAGCCUCAGCUUCACCCUCCGUCCUCCUCCCGCUGAAGAGCCCCCAGUCCCUAAGAACAUUCCUGCGCUACAGCAGAUAUGUGAGGAAGAGGAGGAGGAGGAGGAGCACGAGCAGGAGGUGAGUUUGGCAAAGGAGGGUGAAGGUUUAGCAUCUUUGCUAGUAGCAGAGGCAGAAACAGAAGCUACGGAGACGCUUAACGGUGCAGAUGACCAAAAAGAAGGAUUAGGAAGCUUAAUGGAGAUAGUGGAGCAAGAAGAGGAGGAAGAGAUGGAGAUAGAGGAGGAAGACAGUGGGUGUGUGAUUUCAGACCAGCCUGUGAGUCAUGGAGACAGGCCUCUCAGUCCGACACCUGCCCUCCCACCCUCCUCUCUGCCUGGUUUGGGGGUACCUUGCUGUCGGGGGCAGCCGGACUCCCCGAGCCCAGAGGAAGGAAACGACGAGGAGACAGAACCCAACAACAACAAAGCUCCUCCUCUCCUCCCUGAACACUCUGAACCCUCAAUCCCCGCCUCCUCUCCAAGACUCAUCCUGAGUGACAAGGAGGCGCAGAAACAGGAGAGAACAGAGGAGGGGGGGAGAGAGGACCUCUUAACGGACAGAUCUCCACCCCGGGACGAGGCUUCGCAGAGGGUGGAGCAGGGGAAACGACACAGCUUAAAGCUGCGGGAGAGACUCUUCCAGUUCCCCCUGUGUGAGAAAGCUCUAGCCUUCAACAUCCCGACGCAGAACAAGCCCAAGAUCCUGCCGCUGGCUCAGUACAACUGCUGCCACGUGCUAUAAGUGAACCCGCUGACGGGGGACACGCAGGAUGUUGGGCAGGUGGCGGGAAACUGAGAUGUGCAGAGUCUGCUGGAGGCUAAAGCCAAAUGACACGUGUACAGCUUACCCACAAUCACUCACUUCUAGCAUUGUGCUAAUGUAAUUAAUAUUGUGUGGAGCUAAAGGUGGUGCACAGCACUGUCGUCAGGCUUAGUAGAACCUCAUGUUACUGUUCCCAGAGAUUUUAAAUGUGUCCAAUCUGUAGCUUAGAAGCAAUACUGGACCUACAAGAAGAAAGAGGUAGGCUACGUUCACACUGCAAGCUUGAGUGCUCAAUUCUGGGAUGUUUUUGUUUGGCUGUUUACUGUUAUAUUUCUUAGAAGUGGCCAUUAUUGUAUGAACUGGUCCUGAACCGACCCGCAUGCACGAAAGAAGAACAAUAAAGAAGUCACACACAGAUUACUGCCAGAAGUAAGCAUGGAGGCAUAUGUUGAUGUACAGACGAAGCAGGUGAUGACUUCCCUGUCCCUCCACUGUAUACACAAAGUCAUAUCAGACAGAAAAGUCCCAUGAAUUCAGAUUUAACUCUUCCAAAAAUCUAUUUGUAUCUGAUUAGGGGACCACACAAAGUAGCCCGAAUCCUGCAUAAAAAGUCUCCAUUGGACUCCUGUGUUUACUGCCGCGAUGUAGUGACAUCAAUAUGUUGCACUCACACUUCUAUUGGCUAGCACUCCAACACAUUGUACGUGAUAGGCUGCGAAACGGGACACCUCUAAGGGGUUGAACAAUCACAACUGAGCUGGCCAGUUAACCAAUCAGAGCAGACUGGGCUCUGGUUUCAGACAGAGGGUGAAAGAGGUGCUGCAGCACAGACAGUAUGAGAAACAUAAAGAGCUUUCUGAACAUUAAAGCAUGGAGACAUGUCCCAGGAGAAUAGGGCCCCUUUAACAAGAUCAGGUUUCAUGUGACUUGUGCCGUUUACACCGUUCUCAAAAGUCAAAUAUGUGAUUAAAGAAAUCUGAUUUUUGCCUGCAUUCUGAACGUAGCCAUAGCAACUACAACCCUUUUUAUUGAAUAAGCUAUAGUCUGUUUUGUUUGUUUAAAAGGUGCCUACAUCGAUGAAAUGGGUUUCAUACUGUACAUUUUGACUGCAAAAAGCUCUCAAAGUCAGAAUGGUCUCGCAGUCCAUGAUUUCAUAUUUUGUAAUAUAUGAAUUAGAAUAAAGUUUGAACCAGCUUCUGCUACAGAGUAGCAUUCCUCCCCUCCCCCCUUUGCACAGCCCGCUUCUCUCAGUGGUUUAAAAGCUCUUUAUAUAAGCUCUAUUAAAGAAAGACUGUUAUGAUAUGAUGUGAUAUAUGAUGUAACAUAUGCCUACGACUGAGAUGAUAUGAUGCUAAAUCCUGAAGUUAUCCAAUAUAAUAACUUGUCCUCACAUACUGUAUUAUACUAUUGGUAGGAUCAUUGAUUGGGAUGCAGGUCUUCCAUUUCCUUUUAUUCAUACUGAACAUUUAAAUAAUCCUCUAACUGUUUUAUUUUGGAUGUGCAGAUUUGAGAUUUGUUUUUUUAUUUACACCAUGACAAAGAUAUUUACUAUCUGAAGAGAAAUGUGACGUUGUGCAUGUUCUUACUGUUAUUUAUCACAAUAUACCUCCAUGUGUCUUGUAUCUGGCAGGACAUGCUCUUGUGUAACUGUAAGUAAACCCACUGAAUGAUGAAUUGCACACACUGCUGUUGGUAGCUUUCUAGAAGCAUCUUUGGACUGAUGGAUGGAGUUCAUUUACACCCAAUGAUGUGAUAUGUUAUAGUGUAGCCUCUGUAUGGUAUUGUUUUACCAUAUAAAUGUUGUGUGUGUUCCUAUAUUUUCACAUUACACACUGUAUUUUUCCUCUUUUGAAGCUGAGACUAGAAUUUUGUAAAGUUAAAGAAGGCCAAAGCUGUACAAUAACAGAGUGUUUUCCUGUCAGUCACUGCAGCUUCACAGGGACAACAAAUGGGAUUUUAUCCUGUGCCCUUUGAUCAAACGUUCCCCUCUUUCUAAGGAACUGAUGCCGUGUGAAGCCUGAUUAUCGCUGUUAUUUCAUCAGCUGUAGAAGGGUCAAAUCUGUGCAGGAGAGGGAUAAAAUCUGGUUAUUUGUUCCUGUGGGAUUGCAGCCUGUCUCUCCUCAGUGUGUCUACUGACCUGCAUUGAAGCUAGGACAACGACUCCAUGGAGCCAUGAACUUAUUUUUCUGUAUUUAUUUAUUAAAAUGGAUUAAAUCAACAGGA